UAGAAAGUUUGAUGAUACAAUCGAAACGACACCAUAUCUUUCCGUAUAGAACACAUUCUCUCUUAUUCAAAGCUUUAGCACAUUACGACGCCGCGAACCUUCUCUUCCCGGAGUCUUCUGCACAAGCCAUAGCUCGCGCCCUUUUCUAGAGAGAGAAUGGGGGCUGGUCGUGAAGUAUCAAUCUCAUUGGAGGGAUUGAGUGAUAAGAACUUGAUGCAACUCAAGAAGCUCAACGUUUCCAUUUUCCCUGUUCGUUACAACGAGAAAUUAUACGCCGAUGCUCUCGCUUCCGGCGAAUUCACAAAGCUAGCAUACUACAGUGAUAUUUGUGUUGGUGCAAUUGCAUGCCGACUUGAGAAGAAGGAAGGCGGGGCUGUCCAUGCUUACAUCAUGACAUUGGGUGUUCUGGCGCCGUAUCGUGGGCUAGGUAUUGGUACAAAGCUGUUAAAUCAUGUUCUUGACCUUUGUUACAAGCAGAGCAUUUCGGAGAUCUACUUGCAUGUUCAGACAAACAAUGAAGAUGCAAUCAAUUUUUAUAAGAAGUUUGGGUUCGACAUCACAGAGACCAUCCAUAACUACUACAAAAGAAUUACCCCGCCAGACUGCCACGUUCUUACCAAGUUCAUCACUCAACCUUAAACGAAGAUAUAACAAUUCAGAACGAGGUCCUGCUGGGUUGUCGUUGAUUAUUGUUCUCUUUAGUCUUGGACUUCAUUUUUGUAUCAAUGUGCACCACCCAAUUUUUUAGGUUCUGAAAGUGCCGACAACUGCAGUUGGUAGUUAUUGACCAUUUCUUUUUCAUGUUUAUGAUAAGUUAAACUCAUUUGAUGUUGAUCUCUUUAGCCAA